AUGGCCCCGUACAACCGGAAUCUUGGUUUCCCCAACCCGUUCCCGCGUCGCGCAGAAGCUGCUCCAUAUGCAGGCGCACAAGGUCCACCACCGGACUCCAACCUUGACCCUAAGAGCUUUAGGACGGCAUACUACCCGUCCCACAUUCCCUACCCGCAACCUCAGCCCACAGGCCCGCCCCGUACAGCUCCCAGUGGACGCCUCGCGAAUCGCUACAAUGGCAUCACCACGCAUCAAGACGCGUUCACACAAGCCCCCGCUCAGAGCUCAUCUGGUGCUGUACCUGGCGGAGCGACCCCAUAUCCAUUCCCGCCUAGUGCUCAGAACAUGCAUCCACAAGCAAAUCCAUACAGCCAACAUCCAGGCCCACACAUUCCGCCAGCUCAGAACUUCACCCACACUCCACCACCAACGACAAGCACCCAGCGCAUGGGCGGCGCACCACAAAGCAUCCCCGGACCAGCUCCACAGUUCCCCUCACUGUCCUCCCUCCAAGACGCUCUCCCACCGCACACACCGCCACCCUCCACUGCACCCAGCGGCCCCUCUUCCCGCCCCUCGUACCUAAUAAUCGGCCUCUUCGCCCUCCGCCUCACCCGCCAACUCAUCCUCCGUCUAGACCCCUACCCAAGCCGCGACCUCGACCUCCACUGGCUCGACGCCUUCCUCACGCCCUACCCCUCCAUCUACGCGCUCGCCAAGCUCACCGACCCGCGCACCAUCGAAGCCUACGUGCAGGCGUACCCGCGCAUCGUGCGCACGAUGAUAAAGCAGCCGCGCUAUCGGAGGGUUUUUAUGGAUAUGAAUCCGGAUAAGGGGACGGAUAGGAAGGGCAUGGGAACGGCAACGGCAGGGGAGAUGACUGAGGGUGAGUACAUACAAUACAAGUCUAGAAAAGGAAGUGGGGUAAGGAGAGGAGAGACUAACGCGAGGUAG